AUGGUAUUAACCGCAGAGCAAAUCAAUAAUAUAGGCAUCACGGGGCGGGUUACUAGCUCACUGUCUAUGCUGGGAACAAUCACGAUCAUCUCUACAUUUGUGUUCUCUCGUCACUUUCGCAGCCCGAUUCAUCGUAUCAUCUUUUUCAAUGCCUUCUUCAAUCUACUCGACUCGGUCGCGACCAUGAUCUCAGUGAGCGGGCCUGAAGCUGGGGAUUAUUCCUCACUUUGUCAGUUCCAAGGCUUUGCGCUUCAGAUGUUUCCUCUAGCCGAUGUGCUUUGGACGCUGGCGAUGGCACUGGAUACUUAUCUUGUGGUUUUUCAUCACCACGAUGCGCAUUCCCUCCAGAAGUUAGAGUAUAAGUUUAUCGGUUCGAUUACUAUUGUCACGUUUAUACCUGCCAUCGUCUUUCUCUUUAUCCGGUCGCCCGCGAAGGGCCCCGUAUAUGGUAAUGAGACAAUAUGGUGCUCAAUAUCUCCAAAUUGGCUCAUUCUUCGCUUUGCUCUAUACUAUGGGCCCGUUUGGCUGGCCAUAGGUCUUAUUAUUAUAUGUUAUGCCCUCAUCGGGAUCGAAAUCACUCGCCUUCGAGUCGAAUUCAAAUUAACAGACGACGAAAACAUUGCUUUAACAUCCAACCUCUCAAACAAUCAAUUCAUUCCCGACCGAACGCAGGCCUCGGUCACUACCACCAUCGAGACAAAUUCUUCUGAUGCAAUCAAGCAAGCUGACACAUCAGAAUCACAUAUUACAAGCUUCUCAUCCGUCCACCAAGCCGUCACGUCUCGCCCGCUCACAUCAAAUUCAACGCCAAUGAACUACCAAUCACCGAAACAGCGCCGCGUCUCAUUCAAACAAUAUAUCCUCAUGCCUGCACUUUUCUUCCUAGCUUUACUUGCGACCUGGGUUGCUCCCACAAUCAAUCGCAUUUCCACUUUUAUCAAUCCGGACUAUCAAUCAUACUCUCUAUUACUUGCGGUGAGCACCUUGGGCUCUCUGCGAGGUUUCUGGAAUGGCGUCAUUUUCACUACAAUUGGCAUGAAAGGGUGGAAGAGACGCGUUGUUGAGAAGAAAAUACCCAAUCGGAGUGGAAGAAGGCUACAUUGCUGA